UUGCUGCCACCACUGCCAGCGUCGUGCCAGCCCCUCAGGUCUCCACGAGGCCAGGUGACGCUCAAGAAUGGGAGACAAGCCAGUUUGGGAGCCGAUUGGAUCCAGCUUCAUUCAACAUUACUACCAGUUAUUUGGUAACGAUAGAACGCAACUAGGCGCAGUUUACAUUGAUGCCUCAUGCCUUACAUGGGAAGGACAACAGUUCCAGGGGAAAGCUGCCAUUGUGGAGAAGUUGUCUAGCCUUCCGUUCCAGAAAAUCCAGCACAGCCUCAUGGCUCAGGACCAUCAGCCUAUGCCAGAUAACUGCAUCAUCAGCAUGGUUGUGGGCCGGCUUAAGGCCGAUGAAGAGCCCAUCAUGGGGUUCCACCAGAUGUUCCUAUUAAAGAACAUCCAGGAUGCUUGGGUUUGCACCAACGACAUGUUCAGGCUUGCCCUGCACAACUUCGGCUGACCUCCUCUCAGCCAGGCUCUAACACUGUUUCCUCCUCCCUCCUCUUCCCAAUACUAUUCCUACUCCUCCAGAUGCCAUGCACAAAUAAGCAGGGCCACGGCGGGAGUGGGCGCAGUGCGCUGCUGCCAUCGAGGUGUUGUGCAUGAUGUUUGGAUGCUAGACUACUUACAUCUGAUAGGAUAAGUUUGUGUUGUACCAGCGCGUGCCUUGGAAAGACUUAAG